CGCUGCCUGUCCCGUGGGGUGCUCCGAGGGGUGUCAGUGACCCCCCCGCCAGGGCCCAGCCUAUCCCCGCCAGGCGGGAAGGGCCGCUGGGGUCCGGACCCUUCUCUAGGGGGCCCCGGGGGCGGGGCGAGGCGAGGCGGCGCUUGGACGAGCGGCUGGGCUGUUCCCGGCGCACACCCGCCGCCGCCGCCGCCCGGAGACCGGGCCGCGCUAGCUGGUGGAACCGGAUCGGCCUUGGGGGCCAUGGAGCCUCAGCCCGGCUGAUUGCUUCCCUCUCCCACCCCCGGGGCGUCCCCGAGCUGGGGGGCCGCUGGCGGGGCUGGGACGAAGGGAACAAACCGGUGCCGACCCCUUCUGGCCGCCCGGUACCGUGUCGCGGCCCGCUGCGGUGUAGCGGUUUCGUCUUCACACGUGGUUGCACGGGACAGCUUGCGGCGCAGCCGGAAGACACGUUCCCCUCGUGACCUGUGGGGCUUUGUAAGGGGGCAGGACUCUCCCCUUUGCCCUUGAGAGAGUGCAGAGGCGUUUCAGCCGGAGAUAGAGGGGUACCAUGGGAGUGCUAGAUGCACCUCUGUACCAGGACAGCUGCAGCCACACAAGGGGCACAUCACUUUAACAAGACUCGCAGCAACAAAGCAAUACAAACCCUAUGAGUGAAAGCGUUCAGCCCUUCUGUGUGUCUGCAUUAUGUUACAGACUUUAACUUCAUGACAGCAUGCUCUUUUCCCCCACAGGACCCUGCUUCAUUCAGUACUCAGGUGCUGCAGGGAACCAGCCAGGGCUGUCCACUGUCCCCUCCCUCCCCGCAAGGCACGGAGACAUCCCUGGCAGUACCCAGAUGGCUCGACAGGACGAGCCCAAGGACCAGUUUCAUGCUGUGGGAAUCAUCAUCUUCAUCCUGGGUCUGGGCACCCUCCUGCCCUGGAACUUCUUCAUCACGGCCAUCCCGUAUUUCCAGGCCCGGCUCAUCGUGGGGACCAGCUCAUCCGUGGGCCCAGGAGGGAACAGCUCUGUGACGCAGCCAGACCCAGCCCAGGAUGACUUCAACUUCAACAACUGGCUCACGCUGCUCUCCCAGCUCCCACUGCUGCUCUUCACUCUGCUCAACUCCUUCCUCUACCAAUGCAUCCCAGACAAGGUGCGGGUCCUCGGCAGCAUGAGUGGCAUCCUCCUCCUCUUCAUCCUCACAGCUGUGCUGGUCAGGGUGGAAAUGCCCCCCCACAGCUUCUUCUCCAUCACCAUAGGCUCUGUGUGGUUCAUUAACUCCUUCUGCGCCGUCCUGCAAGGCAGCCUGUUCGGGCAGCUGGGCACCCUGCCCCAGGGCUACAGCACACUCUUCCUGAGCGGCCAGGGCAUGGCCGGGACCUUCGCCGCCAGCGCCAUGCUGCUUUCCAUGGCUAGUGGUGUGGAUGCGCAGACGUCUGCCCUGAGCUACUUCAUCACCCCCUGUGUCGGAACCCUGAUCUCCAUUGUCUGCUAUCUUAUGCUGCCCCGUAUGGCUUUCUUCCGUCACUACAUGGAGCGGAGUUGGCAGCGUGACCCACGCAAUGAGUUGGAGACCAAGGCUGGGCUGCUGGGCCCCGGUACUCUAGGCCCUGAGGAACAGAGUGGGGACCAGUCGGAGAGGCCUGGAAACGAGCCGCAGGGCCCAGAGAAGCCAAUGCUGGGAAUGGUUAACGGGACACACAGGACAUUGGAGGAGAUCAGUGUGGAGAGCUCUGGAAAGGGAGCCUUCGCCCUGCACAAUGGGACAGCCACCAAUUCCCAGAACAGGGGGCCGGUACCAGAGAGACCGUCGGUGUUCGGUGUGCUUCGAAAGAUCUGGCUGCUGGCACUCUGCAUUGUCAUGGUUUUCACUGUCACCCUGUCCAUGUUCCCUGCCAUCACUGCUACCGUCACCAGCACCUCGGAGAGCAGGCAAUGGAGUGAGUUCUUCACCCCUAUUUGCUGCUUCCUAUUGUUCAACGUGAUGGACUGGCUGGGCCGAAGCGUCACCUCAUACUGCCGCUGGCCAGAGAAGAAGCUCUGGCUACUCCCCCUGCUGGUGGGCCUGCGCUUCCUGUUUGUGCCCCUGCUCAUGCUGUGCCAGGCCGAGCCCCGCACCCGCCUGCCCGUGCUCUUCCACCAGGAUGCCUGGUUCAUCCUCUUCAUGCUGCCUUUCUCCUUCUCCAAUGGCUACUUCGUCUCGCUCACCAUGUGCCUUGCCCCCAAGCAGGUGCUGCCGCAGGAGAGCGAGCUGGCAGGAGCCAUCAUGACCUUCUUCCUGGCACUAGGGCUGUCGUGUGGGGCGGGGCUCUCUUUCCUCCUCAAGGCCCUGCUGUGAGCCUCCUUCAGAUCCAUCCCCUCAUCUUCCUGCAGCAUCCACCAUCACCAGCGGCUCGUCUGAGUGCACCCCAUCAAACUGGGGGGCUUGGAAUAGGAGGGACAGGGGGGCUUUGCAUAGGAGGGGGGCUGGUACCUCUUGACUUCCCCCUUUCUUUCCAUGGGCAUCAUCUCUGUCGGGUGGGUGUAAAGAUUAGUAUCCUGUCCCGUCCCGUCCCCCAGUCUCCUGUUACAAGGCAGAUACCCCAUCAGGGGUUGCCCCUCAGCCCCAUUCUGCUCCCCACCACCAUUCCAUAGGAAUUCCAGCAAAGGGAAUGUCUGUAGAAUGGUGUGGAGGGGGAGGAAAGGAUUAAUGUAAAGAGAGAUCUGGGUUUUUCAUGUAUUUGUUUGUGGGGCUCCUGGGCUGAUUUUGGCUGGCUCCUGAGCCCAAGUGGGGGGGCUGAGCCCCAUGAGGUGUCAUGGGCUACGCAAAGGGACACCAUAGCAUACCACUUUGCCUGGAGAUUCAGAUAGAGCCCAGGACUCCUGGGUUCUGUCUCCAACUCCUUCCCCUUCACCCUGGGGUUGAGGAAGGAGAGGACCCCAAGGGUUGCUGGGGCUUUGCCUCUGCUGCAGAAACGCACAUCCAAGCCAGACUGCUGGCUGGGCUCUAAAGGGUUAAAUAUCCCCUCUCUCCUGACCCCCAUAAGGGUCCUAGCUCCUGACUGGCAAAUGCCACAGUGUGGUGGCUACUGCCCUUUAGAGGGAAUAUUGCCUAAUGGGAAGGAUAGGAGAUGGGAGCAAGGACAGAUGGGUUCUGUCCCCAGCUCUGGGAGCCGCAUGCUGGCCAGUUGAUUGUAAACUCUUUGGGGCAAGGUCUUGUCUGUGCUCUUAAGUGCCUAGUAUGCUUUAGGUGGGUGGUUCUCAAACUUCCGUCCUGGUGACCCCUUUCACACAGCAAGCUUCUGAGUGGGAACCCCCCUUAGAAAUUAAAAACACUUUUUUGUGUAUUUAACACUAUUAUAAAUACCAGGGGUUGGAGGCUGAGAGCUCGUGACCCCCCAUGUAAUAACCUCACGAUGACCCCCAGUUUGAGAACCCCCCUGCCUUAGGUGCUAGAUAAAUAAUAAUAGUUAGAGUAGGUGUGGCUGAGACCCAGGGCUCUUGGGCUCUACUCUAGGCUCAGGGAGGGGCUGAGAGCGGUCACAUUAGGGGAUGUACAAUGGAGAUAUUAGCACUGCCCUGCCCUCCCUGGGGCACGAGGACAUACUCAGUUCAUGUUGUGAAGCGCCCAGAUACCAUGGUGGCAGGUGCAAUAGAAAUCCCUGUGAGAGAAAAGGAUAUGGUGGCAUUUUUCCCCUUUGGCUUUAUUGUGUGUGUGUGGGGCUAGGGUGGCUGUUUUACUGUAUUUCAUAAGCUACUUUUUUGCUCUUUUUAAUAAGUUUGAUUUUUAUUUUUUUCAAUAAAAGUGAUGUGAGGGUUUUUU